CCAGUUCUAGGCUUAUCCUCACUCAACGUUGUGGAGGCACAUGACUGCAAUGUGACUCAACUAGGUGUCAGGUGUGGCUUUUGGUCAAAGCUAGCAACAUCAUUCUGUUUAAGUUCAAAGUCAAAUCUCAGAGCUAGCAGGCCAAAUGACGUGUCUUGGACCAAAUUGUAGAAUUGGCCACAGGAGCCUGAUGGGCAUUCUCCUGCUGGGCUGCUUGCUGACCUGUCUACUGUACCGACCUGCUAUCACCUGGCUCCCUGUCCUGGCCAAGCACUUCCUGGCGGAGCACAAACAGGAUGUUACCGUGCUGGUCUGGCACUGGCCCUUUGACCAUCCCUUUAAACUGAACUCCUGCAGGUCCUUGUACAACAUCGAAGGCUGUCACUUAACAGCGGACAGAGAGCUGUACAGUCAAGCGGAUGCCGUUCUCAUCCACCACAGAGAAAUCGAAGAGGAUUUAUCCAACCUGCCCCAAGAACCACGGCCCUCCUUCCAGAAAUGGGUGUGGAUGAAUUUCGAAUCGCCGGCACACACGAAUAGAAUACCUGGCUUGGAAGAUCUGUUUAAUGCGACUUUGAACUACAGGCAGGAUGCAGACAUCAACAUGCCUUAUGGAUCUCUCGUCCCUCGGACUACAGAGAGGGAGGAGUUUGUCCCGCAUAAAAACCGACUGGUCUGUUGGAUCGUUAGCAACUGGAACCCAGGACACAAGAGGACUUGGUACUACAUGGAGCUGCGCAAAUUCAUCAGGAUUCACACCUACGGGGACCCUUUCAACAAAAAGGUAUCUCUUAGUGAAUACAGAAUGAUAAUGGCCAGCUGUAAAUUCUACUUGUCUUUUGAGAACUCCGUCCAUAAGGACUACAUCACAGAAAAACUAUAUAACGCUCUCAAGUUGGGUGCAGUUCCUGUGGUCAUGGGCCCGACAAGAGGGAACUAUGAGAAGUUCAUCCCUGGAGAUUCCUUCAUCCAUGUGGAUGACUUCCGCUCGCCCAGAGCCCUGGCCAAACAACUCCUCUUUUUGGACAAGAAUGAGGAGAUGUACCGUAAAUACUUCAAGUGGCAGAGGAUCCACACAGUCCGUAUCAACAGCUUCCCCAUUCAGAAUGCCUGCAACAGCUGUGAGUACAUCAGGGACCACCCUGAGAAUCGGAUGGUUACUGAGCUCUAUAAAUGGUUCUGGGAGGAGUGAUACUGAGACAUUUGGAGCAAAUCUACUACAAAUAAACAAUAUCCACUUCUCCAUAGUCCGGGGUGGAGGGAACUGAGCAAUAUGUAUCUUUUACACAACGGCAGAAGUGCCAAAAAUGAUAUUUCAUUAAAGUACAUUCACCGAACUUUCCCCACUUGAACAAUUAAUGGGGCGUUACAAGUCAAAAUGGUAUAUAUUUUUACUCUUCUUCUGUCUUUUGCUACUGCGCCAUCACAUGUUAACUGAUGAAAACAGUGUGGUGGUGACAACCACCGUUAUCUACUUGUUUACUAUUGGCUCGUUCCACUAAAAGAGUGUCUUUCGCAUCCCUUUUUAUAUUGGUGCACAAUGUUCUGCACUAACAUUACAUUUUAAAAACAUGUUAUAUUAAACAGUGACCUUUUUUUAAUAGAGACCGAAUGGAGAAUUCAAUUAAUCAGAUAUGUAUAAAGGCUUGCUGAAGUGCCAAAAUAUAGCCUUUUGACAUGUCCCUCCAUCAACCCUGUGUCACUUCUAGGAACAUUUUCACCCCCUUAAUCCCCAAGUGUCAACAUCAUUGUAAAGGUUAUUUUACUUUCACGAAGUCCUCUCUGAAGAUGUAUUUGUUUCAUGUGAUUAGUGAUUCAUUUAGUCUGUCCCUCAUUGUAAGGUCAACCCUGUUAUGUGAACUGGCCUGUAGUUUUUAAUAUGGUGAAACUAUUCAUUUUUGUUAAAUAGAACAUAUAAUAGUCAAAUCAUAGCGUAAAAGCAGGUUAACUGGUUCUACUCUUUUUUUUGGCUGUUUCGUGGUGAAGAAACUGAGCGGGUCGGGCAGAACACGUCAUCCCUGUUACUCAUAGUGACGGGCUUCCAUUCAAUUGCCAUCCCCUUUAGCAACAACCUUCCAUUCCCCGUCACAAGUGGAUGUUUGGCUUAUUUAAUAAAAAAAUCAUCAGCCCUGUUACUUUUUUGACAUUUAAUAGGCCCUUAAUAAAAUAAAAUAUUUGUUUUUUUAUAGUUAAAGUUAUUUUUGACCAAAUUACACUUCUCAAAAGGCACCAAAUUGGUGGAAAGACCCUAUUAACAUUACUGUGAGAGAGAUUUGGUUUUGAACUGUAAUGCCUGUUGAGAAAGUCUGGUUACUGUUGAAGGUACUCUAGCUCUCCUCCCUCUGGUCACUGGAAUAGACUCUGUGAGAGACUCCACUGUGACCAGUCUUGCUUUUUCUAAACCAUGUGAUUGGGAACGUGAUAAAGGGUAAUGUACGGUAGGUCUCGCUCAUAUACAGGUAGAACUCCCUGUACUGUCAACAGUUGUUAGGCAAUUGCCUUUUACUGUACUAUGGUUGCUAUGUUGUCACAAUGAAUGUGUCAUGUAUUUUCACGUGUUAAGGGACCUUGUUUGCUCCACUGUUAGGCAACAGGGAUUGAUCACAGACUCAGAUUCAGUGUAUGAAUUAGGAAAAGAAAGAUUGAUGUACUACUGUGGUCUCCAGCACAAUGACUUUAGUAAACCCAGUUUACAUACCUGUUCCAAUACAAUACAAUGGGUUAGUAUGAGACACCACUCUUUACUGCCACCCAAGGGAGUUGAAAGACUUAAAUUAAUAUAUGUUGCAGUACACCUGGUGACCACUAGACAGCACUGCAACUCCACUGUACACAUGCACGUUACGUUGUUGAAAAACCAUUUGCAUCAGUGUGAAUAUGAAUAUUUAUAUAUGUGAGAAAAUGAAUACCAUUUGUCAAAUGAAUGAAUAUCUGAGCUCAAAUGAGAGGUUGGAGAAAUGGUGGAGAUUAGCUUGUUGCUUAAUGGUUUAAUUGAAACCUGCCGCUAAUUAGCUAUGGCUAUAAUCACCCAAACUUAUGAACAACUCCAUGAUUGUGUAAAAUGACUGCAUCAUGAAGAACUCUUAAGUCUGCCCACAACUUUCACCCAUUCUUACAUCCCUUUGCCCUUUGGAGGAUCCCUUCUAGUGCUUUAUUAACUGUACAGUACAUACAGAAAAUCCCUACAUUCUUCCGCAAGUUUCAUUAUGUUUUGGUCAUGGAAACUAUUCGAAUAUCAUACCUCCUAUUUCUAUAUUUCCGGUCUAUUUCUAUCUCCAACCUCCACUAAUGUCAGUUAAUUUCCCAUAAUGAUGUCGUCAUUACCUCCCUAUGUGGAAACACAUAUGAGAUAGAUGACAGUGUUUACUCUGAAACUUAGUCAUGCGUCUAGGGACUGGCUCUGUGGUUUUCAAAAGAGGUAGAAUACAUCUACAGACGACUCUUGGUUUGACAGAUGCCAGGAGAACACUACCUGACUGAAUGCAUAGUGCCAACCGUAAAGUUUGGUGGCGGAAUAAUGUCUGGGGCUGUUUUUCAUUGUUCGGGCUAGGCCCAUUAGUUCCAGUGAAGGGAAAUCUUACCGCUACAGCAUACAAUGACAUUCUAGAUGAUUCAGUGCUUCCGGCUAUGUGGCAACAGUUCGGAGACGGCCCUUUCCUGUUUCAGCAUGACAAUGCCCCCAUGCACAAAGCAAGGUCCAUGCAGAAAUGGAUUGUCAAGAUUGGUGUGGAAGAACUUGACUGGCCUGCACAGAGCCCUGACCUCAACCUCAUCGAAUGCCUUUGGGAUGAAUUGGAACGUCGACUGUGAGCCAGGCCUAAUCGCCCAACAUCAGCACCCGACCUCACUAACAAUGUUCCAACAUCUAGUGGAAAGCCUUCCCAGAAGAGUGGAGGCUGUUGUAGCAGAUAAGAGGAGACCAACUCCAUAUUAAUGCCCAUGAUUUUGGAAUGAGAUGUUCUACGAGCAGGUGUCCACAUACGUUUGGUCACGUAGUGUACCUGUCCAUUACUGAUGGCUGUCUCCCACCAGUCCCUUCUCUGUUAUCCUUUCUUCUUGCUGCUCUCUUCUCUCCCUCUUUCCCCCGCUUGGCUGUAAAUUAUUAAGCUCUUUCUUUCAAGGGGACCAGUCCCUCAUCAGAUCUGUCGGCCUUCGAGUUUGCUGCUUCACCGCUCCUUCAACCCCAGCAACAGCCGUCCCCACGUCUCCUCCUGACAUUGAAGAAAUCACAUGUCCCUCACUCUUUUCUACCACUCUCUCGCGCUUGCUUGCUGUAAAUUUAGCUCUCCUCCCUUUCAACUUUCUCCCUCUCGUGUGUUACUUUCCCAACCUCCCUCUUUUCUCUACCACCCUCUCUGUUUUUCUGUAAUGUCACGGCUCACUGCUGAGUGUCACGGAGUUGAUGGAGAGGAAAAAUAAUGGAGGCGUGAGGCAAUGGGGGUGUGUGUGUGUGUGUGUGUGUGUGUGUACACAUUUUGUGAAAGACUUGAGGAAGAGGUGAGGAAAUGAGUGGGGGAGGGAGAUUUGUCUGAUGGUAAAAUGUUCCAGCUCGGUGAAGAAACAGCAGACAGUCAGUCGAUGCACCUCCCCCUACUAUAACUACUACAGUUCCAUGUAGACUGGUGCUACACACUGACUUCCCAAGUGAUGUUCACGUACAGUCCCCCAAAAUACCCCCCUCACCGAAACACAUCCCUUUCUCAUGUCCAUCCGGGCAAACCUAUGGUUUAAUGCAACGUGUUGUUUAAAAUGUUAUCAGCAACCUCUGACAGUGAGUAACACUUUUGUUGGAUGAUGACAUUACGUGGGAUAAUACAUGACAUUACGUGGGAUAAUGCAUGACAUUACGUGGGAUAAUGCAUGACAUUACGUGGGAUAAUACAUGACAUUGCGUGGGAUAAUGCACGACAUUGCGUGGGAUAAUGCACGGCAUUGCGUGGGAUAAUGCAUGACAUUGCGUGGGAUAAUGCACGACAUUGUGUGGGAUAAUGCACGACAUUGCGUGGGAUAAUGCACGACAUUGCGUGGGAUAAUGCACGACAUUGCGUGGGAUAAUGCACGCCAUUGCGUGGGAUAAUG